GCUCUCCUUCCCCUUAGAGGUUUCUGUUGUGAGGCCACUUGUCUGUGGAGGUUUGCAAAGCAGUCCACUCAGUGUGAGGUAUCAGCCCCAGCUGGUUCUGGAGAGGUCCCCUGAGGCCUCUUUUUGCGUUGGAGACUGCCCAGCCCUGUGCAGAGGUCUGGAGGGUCGGUGGACCACCGGCAACCUUGGGUACCUGGCCUCUCAGCGGCAGUCCCACAGGCACGCCUUCCCAAUGAGGCUGCACCUGCUCACCUCUAUUUCUGGAGGGGCCUUGCCCUGGUUUGGGGGGGACCGGAGAAGGCUGGCAGAUUUUUCCACCCAGGUCAAUCCCACAUCCCUGAAUUCGCCCACUGGCAGAGGGUCCAUGGCUGCACCCUCCCUGCACCCGUCCAUUGGCCCAGGCCUUGGCUCAUCGCUCGGCUCGUCCAGCCAGCUGCACUCACCCAUCAGCACCCUCAGCUCCCCCAUCAAUGGCAUGGGCCCUCCCUUCUCUGUCAUCAGCUCCCCCAUGGGGCCUCACUCAAUGUCUGUCCCCACAACUCCCACCCUUGGGUUUGGGACGGGCAGCCCUCAGCUCAAUUCGCCAAUGAACCCUGUCAGCAGCACAGAAGAUAUUAAGCCACCCCUUGGGCUCAAUGGAGUUCUUAAAGUGCCCGCCCAUCCCUCAGGAACUAUGGCCUCCUUCACCAAGCACAUAUGUGCCAUCUGUGGGGACCGCUCCUCAGGUAAACAUUACGGUGUGUACAGUUGUGAAGGCUGUAAAGGCUUCUUCAAGAGGACAGUCCGCAAGGACCUCACCUAUACCUGCCGAGACAAUAAAGACUGCCUGAUUGACAAACGCCAGCGGAACCGGUGCCAAUACUGCCGCUACCAGAAGUGUCUUGCCAUGGGCAUGAAGCGAGAAGCUGUGCAAGAGGAGAGGCAGAGGGGCAAAGAUCGGAAUGAGAACGAGGUGGAGUCAACCAGCAGCGCUAACGAGGACAUGCCGGUGGAAAAGAUUUUGGAAGCUGAACUUGCCGUGGAGCCAAAGACAGAGACAUACAUUGAGGCAAACAUGGGACUAAAUCCCAAUUCACCCAACGACCCUGUUACGAACAUAUGCCAAGCAGCAGACAAACAGCUCUUCACCUUGGUGGAAUGGGCCAAGAGAAUCCCCCACUUCUCAGAGCUGCCUCUGGAUGACCAGGUCAUUCUGUUGCGAGCAGGCUGGAAUGAGCUGCUCAUCGCCUCGUUCUCUCACCGCUCGAUAGCAGUGAAAGAUGGGAUCCUUCUUGCCACCGGCCUUCACGUCCAUAGGAACAGCGCUCACAGUGCAGGGGUGGGCGCCAUCUUUGACAGAGUCCUGACAGAACUUGUGUCAAAAAUGCGAGACAUGCAGAUGGACAAGACAGAGCUGGGCUGCCUGAGAGCCAUUGUCCUCUUCAAUCCGGACUCUAAGGGACUUUCCAACCCUGCAGAAGUAGAAGCCCUGCGAGAGAAAGUUUACGCUUCCCUUGAAGCCUACUGCAAACACAAGUAUCCGGACCAGCCUGGAAGGUUUGCCAAGCUCUUGCUCCGUCUCCCUGCUCUCCGGUCCAUUGGCCUGAAAUGCUUGGAGCACCUCUUCUUCUUCAAGCUAAUAGGAGAUACACCCAUUGACACCUUCCUGAUGGAGAUGUUGGAGGCCCCGCACCAAAUGACAUAGACCAAACCUCACCCCAUCGGGUCAGUCCUUUUCUGUCCAGUGGGAGGCAGCCCCCACCUCAAGCCCCUUCUCCCAGCCUCUCUGCCGAUGCCAGAAACAUCUUUUGUUCUGUUCUUCUCAGCCUGGAUGACAUCCCGUAUCCUCGCCUUGGUCUCCAUCUCCGUGCCGCCUUUUGCCCUUUGGGGCUGGUUUGCUCACUGCUACACCUAAGAAAUUUAUUGUUAUUAUUAUUUCUUUUCCAUUACUUUUCUUGGGAUGAAAGGCAGUGGAAUCAGGACAACAAAAGGGAGAGAAAUGGUUUAAAAUCGAAGCAAACCCUAACCCUUUCCAUCCUCCUCCUGCUUGGUUCAGUCAUGCCCCCUGUCGCCUGCCACCCUUUUCUCUUCUGGGUUUUGCUCUUGUGGGGACAUGGGAGAAUUCUCCGGAAAUGGAGUUGGAGGACAAUCUGGUCACGGUGGCUUUUGGGAGUAUCUAAUGGGGAGGCAGGGGGCUGUCUUAUUCUUGCUGUUUGUUUUUUCAGAUCACCUGUUCCUUGGUUUUUUUUUUUUGUACUUUUAUUUUUAAUUAUCCAUUAUUGCCUUCUUCAAAAAGAGGACAUCUUCUCUCAGUAUUGGUGACCUUGACAGUGUCGGUACCCAGCUAACCCAUGACUUGCACAGAGCAUUGUCAUCCUUGGAAAAGAGGAGGGAGGGGACAACAAGGAGGUGGGGGCCAGGCUUUCGUAGUAAACGGUCCCUGCUGGCAGCCCCCUCCACCCGUCCCUGGGAAGACUAGAGGAGGUGAUUUUGGCGACUGCCAUUCGACCCCACAAUUACCCUUCACUCAGUGAGAGGGUGCGUGCACCAUUUUUCCAAAGAUAACAAGCUAUUAUCUCAGCACCAGAGCCAAUCAAAACAUGAGCCAACUUCAAUGUACAGAAUUUUUUAUUGUUUGGGGGGGGAAAGUGUUUCUUUAAGGCUACAGUGACUCAGAUAUCCUUUCUCCCCCACCCCCUUCUUCCCUCCUCUUAGCCUCCCAAUUUCUCCUACUUAUCCUAGGUUCCAAGCCCUUGACACCUACACAUGUACUCAAAUUUGACCAAGGUCAAUCUUACCCCUGGGUGUUGGCCUUUUUUCUUGUUUCCUAAAUUUCUUUUUUUGAACCACUGAGGGCUCUUGUAGUUGGCUGAGACUAGCCACUAGAGUUUCUUGAGGACUUGGACUUCCUAGGUUUGGCUGUCUUAAGGUCAUCAUUUAGCUCUCUUCAAGUAGCUUCUUGGAAGAAAGCUGGCCAUUCCAGAUGUAUUAUAGGCAGCUGUGAGCUCUGCAGCCCACACACAAACACACAUACACACAUUCUGGUGGAUUGCUUUAUGCACCAUUAACACAGGUCAGCUAAAAAGAUUUUCUGCUUGGGCAACUGGGUGGCUCUAUGUCAACGAGCCAUAUGUUCCUUGAGUCCUUUCCAUCUCUAAGACUCCUUAUUCAAUUUUCUGUUAUUCAGAGGGCAUUGAGAUUUGAGGCAAAAAAGGAGUUAAAUCACAAGAAGACCUCUGAGUCUGCCCCACAAUCAGGGCAGUAAAUUACCACCCAAGAAAAGAGAGGAGUCCCCUGGGCCACUUCUUGCCCAUCGUUAAAAGUGAGUAUCUUUGGUGACACCUAAACGUUUUCUGUCUCAUCCUCCUCCAGGUUAUGUUAGGAAAUAUUGCUGGUUUGCUGGAGGCAGCCUGAAAAGCACCAGGUUUCUCUAUGACUAUACUCCAUUAGAUUUCUAGCAUAACAUCAUCUCAGACUUAUGGAGGCUUUUUAUUAAUUAUCUUUGAAGACUCUAUGAAUCUUCUAACUAGUUCUAACUAGUGUUAUCUAGUUCCAUUUAAUGUAGGCAUGCCUUCUACAAAAUGCUUGAUGAGACAGCCAUCCAGCCUCAUCUUGAAUAAUGGGGGCUCGCUAUGUCCUGGGGUAGCCCAUUCCAUUGUCAGACAGCUGAUAGUGAAGAGGCUUUGUCUUGGACCCACAAAUCUUCCUCCUUAUGACUGUUAUCUAAUGAUGUUGGUAAUUAUUCAAUGCUUCUCAGACUCCAAAAACCCAGUGCUUUUAUUAUCAACAGGUGACUUAUGUUCCAGCUCAUAUAGUAGGAGUAUCUUCCUGUCUUUCUAGACAGACGAAUCUAGUUUGAAUUUGGCCUAUUUCUGCUGACCUCCACACUUUUCUUCUUCCAUGCUCAUCCUUCCCAUGCUUCCCACUGGGCCUGAAGUAUUUCCUGUCAACAGGUGCUUCCUCAGAAAGAAAUGAUGAGAGAAGAGCUAAAGAAAAGCCAGGCUGGGGACUCUAGUUGAGGUAGGAGAAGGAAAUGACCAUUCUUUCAGAAUAUUCACUCAGAGCCAAGGAUGAAGUCUCUGUAUUUAUUUAUUUUUUUUUCCCAACAAAGAGUGUUUCUUCAAGGCUUAAUUGAUUUUAAGUUUGAGAUAAUAAGUUAUAAUUUUUUUUAAUGUUUUCUACCUUUUCCCCUAGUCCCUAUUUUCAGCUAGUAGUUGUGCUUGAACAGUAGCUUUGUCCUGUCUGAAGUGAGACAGCAUCAGUUAUGCCUGGCUUAGGGAGAGGAAGACUUCACACCACUGCUCACUGCUCAGGUGUAUCAAUCCUGAACAUUAGAUGAGGUUAUACUUCAGUUAGUCCAACCUGGAGGGAAGGUGGCCUCUUCAGCCAAAAUCUUCCCCCUUAAAUGGCCAAUUCUGAAUGAUUUAAAUGUUGGUUGUGAUUGUGACAUGAGCUCUGUACUUGGAACCAGAACACCAGCACAGUGGUCUAGGUUCUGCCAUUUUUAUGACAACAUGAUCAUGGGAUAAGUUCUUUCCCCUCUUGGAGCCUUGAAUUCCUCAUCUAUGAAAUGAGGGAAUUGGGCUGGAUGAAUUCCCAGACUCAUUCUAAUAUCUAAAUGGGACCUCUUUCUACUCUGGUAGGUAGAGAGGAUUUCUGGUAUACUUGUGUCCAUAGCAGUGUGGAAAAUUGGGUCCACAACCAGCAUAUCUUGCCAUUUCGAACAAAAAUCUGUCAGGCAGAGGUCAAGAGCUAGUCAUCAGCCUUAUGAAAGAUAACCCCAAGUGUUUCUGGGUAAUUCUUCUUUUCCUUCCCACUUACUCUUUGUACUUUCCUCUGGGGUCCCGCCUGGAAAAAUAUGGUGGGAGAAGAUGCUGCUGCUCUUGCCAGCAAGAAGAAAAAAGCUGGAAUGUCUGGUCCUAGCUAUGAAAAGCCUGGGAUAAAUGUAGACUCAGAAUCAUUUGGGAAGAGCCGUGGAUAUAACUUAUCACUGAGAACUUGCUCUCAUAGUGGUAAGGGAUAUUGGGUGCCUGGAGUGGGCACCCAAGUGUAGCACAGAAUCCUUUGUUUUCUCCUGCAUGUUCCAAAGUGAGAAGUCUCCCUCUCUUCCCCAGGAAAUCUAAUUAUGCCACUGUAGCCUUAAAUACACCACCCCAUUUGCAUGAAUCCAUAAUAGGGUUUUAUUUGACUCAUUAAUUUGUAUUUCCUUAAACUCUGGCUUUUUUUUCCUCUUAUCAUUAUUAUUGUUGUUAUUAUUAUUAUAAAUAUACUGCUUGUUUGGAGAGGUGAUAUUUGGGUAAAAUGGCACAUUAUUCAAUAGAGAGUUAGGACUUUUAUUUAACCAGACAUUUAGUAUUCUCACAAAAAUCUGGUUCAAUUAAGGUGAUUUUUUUUGUAAUUAUUAUUAUUUUUUGGUGGGACAAUCUUUAAUUUUCUAAAGAUAGCACUAACAUCAGCUUGUUAGCCACCCUUUGCCCCCAUAUCCCUGUUCUGUCUCUUUUCUUCUGGCUUGGGG